AUGGAAGUCUCCCGGCUCAGCCUUCCGAAACGGGCCGGAGGGAGGGGGCGGGGCUGUCAGCAAACCCCAAACCCCGAGGCGGGGGCCCGAACUUUCCCCCGCUGUCGGGGGCCGAGGAGGCGGGGUGGAGGCCUCGGGAUCAGACUGUGGUUAAGUCACUCGCACGCCCCCCGCCCGCAGCAGAGUCCUCCCGCCGCGGCGCCCCCGCCCCGCCAGCGCCGGCCUCGCCUCCUCCCCGGCCCGCUCCCUCCGCGGAGCGGAAGUGACGCGCGGCCGAGCGGAAGUGCCUGCCGCCGCGGUGUUGUGCUGUGGGGAAGAGGGACGGGUUUGUAA